CGGAAAAGGCCAUCCAUCCCAUUCACCAACAAAACAAGGCGGUCAGGCUCGCCUCUUAAAACACACCCGAGUCUUUCUUCUUGCCUUUUUUCUGCUUGUCACAGUCUCUGCAUCAUCAUAAUCAUCAUCUUGGUAGACUUUGGAGAUACUUCCAUCCCAUCACUCUUUGCCUCUCUUUUCCCACCAAUAAGUGUGUUGUUACUUCUUCAAAUACCACAGCCCCUCUCACAUGUAUCACUGGCGUCUUAUGAAGACGAUGUGACCAUGUCCUACAAACAACCAACCGCAGAGCCGAUUGCCAUCGUUGGUAGCAGCUGUCGCUUCACAGGAAGCGUAUCCUCUCCCUCGGAGCUGUGGAGUCUCCUCCAAGACCCAACAGACCUCUCAAGAAAAGUGCCCCCGGAGCGGUUCAACAUCGAGGGUUUCUACCACCCAGACGGCGAGUAUCAUGGAACAACCAACUCACCCAAGGCCUACUGGCUGGAUCAAGACCACCGCGUAUUUGACGCGGCCUUCUUCAAUAUUACACCCAAGGAGGCCGAGGCUGUCGACCCCCAGCAGCGGAUGCUCCUGGAGGUCGUCUACGAAGCGCUCGAGUCUGCCGGCUACACCCUGCAGCAAUAUGCCGGCGAGAACGUGGCCGUCUUCGCCGGUAUCAUGACGGCCGACUACGACACCCUCUCGCAGCGAGACGACAUCACGGCCAGCCAAUACUACGCGACCGGCAAUGCCCGCUCCAUCAUCUCCAACCGCAUCUCGUACUUCUUCAACUUCAACGGGCCGUCCAUGACCAUCGACACGGCCUGCUCCUCGAGCCUCGUCGCCCUCCACCAGGCCGUGCUGAGCCUCCGGUCCGGCGAGUCGGUCAUGGCGUGCGUCACGGGCGCCAACCUGAUGAUCACGCCCGAGCAGUUCAUCGUCGAGUCCAGCCUGCACAUGCUCAGCCCCACCGGCCACUGCCGCAUGUGGGACGCCGACGCCGACGGCUACGCCCGCGGCGAGGGCGUCGCCGCCCUGCUCCUCAAGCCCCUGAGCCGCGCCCUGGCCGACGGUGACCGCAUCGAGGGCAUCAUUCGCGAGACGGGCGUCAAUUCCGACGGUCGCACCAAGGGCAUCACCAUGCCCAACCCCGAGGCCCAGGCCCGCCUGAUCAGGGAUACCUAUCGGAAGACGGGGCUUGAUUCGAGGAAUCAGGAAGACAGGUGUCAGUAUUUCGAGGCACAUGGGACGGGAACCCAUGCCGGCGACCCGAGGGAGGCCGCCGCCAUCGAAGACGCCUUCUUUGGCCAGUAUGCAACCCAAUCGGCGGCCAUUGAGAGCCAGACCAAACCGACGGUCGAGGGAUCCACCGGGCGCCAAGACGACACCGAUUCAUCCGAAGUUGCUGCCGAAUCAGAGCCGCCGCUUCUCGUCGGAUCCGUCAAGACGGUGAUUGGCCACACCGAGGGCGCAGCCGGAUUGGCCGGGGUGCUCAAGGUGGUACAGGCCAUGCGCCACGGCGCCGUGCCGCCGAACCUCCACCUUCAGAGGCUGAACCCCAGCGUGGAGCCGUUCUACUCCAACCUCCGCAUCGCCACCGAGGUCCUGCCCUGGCCGGCACCGCAGGGCGGGCAGCCGCGGCGCGCGAGCGUCAACUCGUUCGGGUUCGGCGGAACGAACUCGCACGCCAUCGUCGAGCAGUACAACCCGGACAUUCACAAUGCCGUCGCAAGGGCGUUCAGUCCGACCCUGUCGCUGACCCCGAGAAUCCAAACCAUCCGCAGCGAACCAGACGGCCCGCCAAUCGCCCUGCCCCUGCUUCUAUCCGCCAACUCUCAGAAGUCACUAUUCGCCGUCGCGCAGUCCUACCGCGACCUCCUCGCCCGGGACGACUCCCUCCCGCACGACAAGCUAGCCUGGCACGCCUACGCCCACCGCACAGCCCUGCCCUUCAAGGUCGCCGUGUCGGGAUCCUCGACCGCCGAGCUGGCACAAAACCUCGACUCGCUCCUCGACAAGGCGCGCCAGGCCCCGGCCCUCGGGAUCCGCUCCCGCUCGCGCACCGCCGACGAGGCCCGCGCGCGGAUCCUCGGCAUCUUCACGGGCCAGGGCGCGCAGUGGGCGACCAUGUCGCGGGGCCUGCUGCUACUCCCUGGCGGCGUGUACCGCGACGCCAUCCGGUCCCUCGACGCGACUCUACAGAGCUGCCCGCACCCUCCGCCGUGGACGCUCGAGCGCCUGAUCCUGGCUGCUGCUGACGACGAGGCGGGGGGAGUCGACGCGGCGGCCGUGGCGCAGCCGCUGUGUACGGCGGUGCAGAUCGGGCUGGUGGACCUGCUGCGCAGCGUCGGGGUCGGGUUCCACGCCGUGGUGGGCCACUCGUCGGGCGAGAUCGGCGCCGCGUAUGCGGCCGGGAGGAUCUCGGCGCGGGACGCGAUGCUUGUGUCGUACUACCGCGGCAUGUACGCGCACCUGGCCGGCGGCCGGGAUGGGCGGAAGGGUGGAAUGCUCGCUGUGGGUAUGUCGAAGCAUGAGGCGGCGGAGCUGUGCGCUAGGGAGGAGUACGGCGGGCGGAUUUGUGUUGCGGCUAGCAAUGCGCCGUCGAGCGUCACGCUGUCAGGUGAUCUUGAUGUUCUUCACAGGGUUAGGGAUGAGCUAGUCGAGCAGAAAAGGUUUGCGAGGAUGCUCAUGGUCGAUACUGCCUACCACUCGCCGCAUAUGGAUCAUCCGGCAGCGAAGUAUGUCGAGACCCUCAAGACCAGCAAGGUGUCGCCCAUGAAGAAGGGCAACGGCACCAUCUGGGUGUCCAGCGUCUACGGAGCCGGCGAGCCCGGCUACAAGGAGCUUGGGGCGUCGUACUGGAAGGAUAACAUGGUCCGGCCUGUCCUCUUCCACGAAGCAGUCACGACCGCUCUCACUGAAUGUGGCCCCUUCGACUUCGCCAUCGAGGUCGGACCCCACCCGGCACUGAAGGGCCCAGCUACGCAGACAAUGAAGGCGACAAGCGAUGGGCGGAUCGUGCCUUAUUCGGGACUGCUAGACAGGAAAAAGGAGGAUGGGCAUGCCUUCUCUGACUUCCUGGGCAUGAUGUGGACGCACCUUGGACCAAGCUCAAUUCUACUCCAGAACUAUAUUCAGGGCUCGUCGGGGUCCGGUCCACUCGAGGGCUUGCCGUCAUAUCCCUGGGACCACUCCCAGGUGCACUACAAGGAGUCGAGGAUCUCCCGACAAUACCACUUCAGAACCCAUGCGCCGCACGAGCUGCUCGGUAUCCGGACGAGGGACGACAACCAGUACGAGCUCCGGUGGCGCAACAUCCUCAGGCUGGACAAGGUCCCGUGGAUCGCGCAUCACAGGUUCCAAGGCCAAGCCUUGCUGCCCGCAUCGGCCUAUUGCGUCAUGGCUCUAGAUGCGGCGAGGGUGGUGCUAGCCGGCCGCGCCGCCUCGGUGGUCGAGCUGGAAGACAUGGAAUUCAUGAGCGGCAUCGUCAUCGAGCCCGAGUCCGAGGGCGUCGAGGUCCUCUUCUCCCUGUCUAUUGUGCAAGCUCCUCACCAGAGGGGUCCGCAGCAGUCCAUCGAGGCCUUGUUUACUAUCACGUCCGCCUAUGCCGACGGCAACUCGCCCAUGAAGCAGAACUUUGCGGGCCGACUGCGGAUUGUCCUAGGGGAGCCUGCUCCACAGGCACUUCCCUCACGAGCCCCGGAUCCGGUGGAGACCUUGACGGUCAGCACGGACGGGUUCUACCAUAUGAUGUCCGAGAUUGGGCUCGACUACUCGGGUCCGUUCAGGGCGAUUGAGACUAUUGACCGGCGGUUCAACUUCUCCUCGGCGGUGCUGAAGAAGCGCCACGUGCAGGACACGACACAGCUGAGCAUCAGCCCCGCGACGCUCGACUCUUGUUUCCAGUCCGCUUUUGCGACGUUGUCGUCUCCAGGUGACGGGGCCCUGUGGACUUCGUUCCUCCCCAAGUCCAUCGAGCGAGUCAGGUUCAACCUGGCCAUCUGCGAUUCGAAGCCCAAUGAUGAUGCUGUGCUCAACGUUGAAGCUCACUUGACCAACUUCAAGCCCUUGACGAAGGACUCUGCUGCCAACUUUUCCGGGGAUAUGUGCAUCUUCAACGAGGCCGGCGAGAUGGAGAUCCAGGUCGAGGGGCUAAUUGUGGCCUCUUUCGCCGCGACCAAGCCCGAGAACGACUACGAGCUUUACCUGACGACGGUGAUGGACGUCGACCCCGAGGACGAGAUUAUCUCCGCACAGGUUCUGGACCUCAGUGCUCCCAGCCCCAUGCUGGUCGAAAGCUGUGAGAGGGUCGCGUCGUUUUACCUUGACAAGGCAUCGCGCCAAUCAAACCAUUCACCCCCACCUUCACCUCAGUUGUCUUCAUUCUCCCGCGAUCCCCUGCACUCAUUGCGGCCAGUUAAAUCGGGCGGUCGCUGGCCUGGGGAUACGUCCGAAGUGCUCGACAUCUUCAUCCAAGACUCGCCGUACGCCGCCACCCUGGAGUUUGUCCGUUCCCUUGGAGAGAACCUGCCCGAUGCCCUUCCAGGCAUGCUCCCGACAUUGAUCGAAGAGGCGCACCAGCUCGUCGGGCUGCAGAGUCACAUCUCCCGCGUUGCCAAGCAGGUCGCGCAUCGGUAUCCGAGGAUGAACAUCCUGGGAUUGACCGACCCAGAGCUGGGUCUCACGAGGCCUAUUCUUUCGGCUCUGAAGAAUUCCUUCCUGUCCUACACGGUGGGGUCCGCAGCGGAGAAGGCCCUGGUCGACCGCCUUCCGAUGCUUGAUGCCCAGCGCAAGAAGAUCAUCCUAGACGAAGCAGAUCUCGACGACAAGCUCGAGGAAGACCAUGUGCAGAGCCCGCAGUACGACCUCGCUCUCGUCUCCACGUCGCUGGUGGCCAAGAGCCAGAACACCCGCGCCAUGCUUAAGAAGCUGAGGCAGAGAAUGAAGGCCGGCGGCUUCCUCGUGCUGGUCCACGUCUCGCGGAGCAGCCUCAAGGAACGUAUUCGGAGGUGCGCGGGCUUCAGGCCCGACCCGGAGGACAUGUUCACGCCGCCGGACUGGCCUGACGUCCUCGACGAGUGCGGGUUCGGCCACGCCAUGAAGAAUUCGUACCAGAGCUUCCCGCCCGGCUUCUCUCUCAUCGUCCGGCAGGCCGAGUCCGAGCUGAAACAACACGCCCUGCAGCCUCUGGCGUAUCCUGGCGGCGCAGAGUUUACAAGUCGCCUCCUGAUUGUAGGCGGCAAGCACGAAGAGACUGCCCGGAUAGCAACCGAGACUUGCCAGCGACUCUCGUCUCGCUGCGCCGAUAUCACUGUAGCACAGACCCUGGACGAUAUCGACCAGACGGAAUUGGCGUCCUUCAGCGCCGCGAUCUUCCUCAACGACUUGGAUGAGCCCGUCUUGUCUGAGAUGACGGAAAGCAGGCUAGAGAUACUGAAAUCUCUGAUCAAGCCGGAGAUGACCAUCCUCUGGAUCACCUGCGGGGCAAGAUUCGACAAUCCAGAGCACGCAGCCUCCUUCGGCUUCGCCCGGACAAUGCUGGCGGAGACCCCCAGCCUCGUCCUGCGGAUGCUGGAUCUCGAGUCCCUGGGCGACUCGUCGGGCGUCAUCUGCGACGAAUUUGCUCGCCUAGCUACGAGCGGUGACGUCGCCGUGCAAGCCAAGGACGGAGCCGUUCUCUGGUCUCACGAGCCGGAGGUCCACAUCCAAGGCGGCAGCCGACUCGUCCCGCGCGUCCUACCGUGGACUGAUGCAAACAACCGUGUCAACGCCUCGCGGAGAGUGGUUUCGGAGACAGUGAAUACCCUAGAGCGCCCCGUCGAGAUUGCCUCGUCCCAGUCCGGAGACGGCUCGGCGCGCUAUGAUGCCAGGCUCGACCCCGUCGACCCACGCCUCCACGAGGCCGUUGCGGAGAGGGCUACCGUCCAGGUCGACUACAGCUCGGUGGACGUCCUCAAUCUAGGCUGGGCGUACUCUGCCCACAUCUGCGUCGGGCGCAAUGUCGACACUGGAGAGACUCUGGCCGUCCUGUCAAAGUCCAAUUCGUCGAUUGUUGCCGUUCCAGCGGCUUGCGCGAAGACCAUCGCUUCGCCGGACUACCCGGGCUUCCUCGGCCUACUAUUGAGAUACCUGACGAGUCUGACGAUUGCGGAGAACCUGCGCGACAAAUCCGUCCUGCUUAUCGAACCGGACGAGCUGUUCCUCGAGUGCGCCGAAGAGGUCCUCUCCAGCCAGGGGUCAACCCUCCGCAUCUGCGUGGUGGAUGGUGGCAAGCGCGCAGGAGGUGACCCACGAACCCACCUGCUGCAUCCGAACUCGUCGAGCCGGGAGAUCAGGGCGCUGUUUCCCCCUGACGGAGCCUACGUCUUCGACUUCCUGCCCGAGGGCAGCAGGCUAUCCGAGCUGCUCGUAGACUCGCUGCCGGACAACUGCGAAUACCACUCGCGGUACUCGCUCCUCACCUCGGACCACCUCAACACGCUUGAGGACGCGUCGGGCGUCGAGCACAUCUGGGAGCUCGGCAUCAACCUGGCGCUGCAGAGGACGACGGCAUCAUCGGGAAGCUCGCUGCCGAGCCUGCCCCUCCUCGCCGUCCCCGACUUGCUAGACGCCACCCAGCCGACGCAGCCGUUCCAGGUGCUCGACUGGAGGAAGGAGCGAAACGUACAGCACGUGAUCAAGCCGCUAGUCGAGACCCAGCUCUUCCGGCCGUACAAGACGUACGUCCUCGCUGGUCUGACGCGCGACCUGGGCCACAGCCUGUGCAGACUGCUAGCCGACCACGGCGCCCGCCACAUCGUGCUAGCCAGCCGCAACCCGAACCGGACGCCGCGGUGGCGGGACGAGCUCGGUCGGCGCGGGGUCGACGUGCGCAUCGAGGCCCUAGACGUGACGAGCCGCGAGGACGUGCUGCGGUUCCGCGACGCGCUGGCCGAGACGAUGCCGCCGGUGGCGGGGGUUGUCAACGGCGCCAUGGUCCUCGAGGACAGGGUGUUUGCGCAGAUGACGCUCGACACCCUCGGCCGCGUCAUGCGACCCAAGACAGCCGGGUCGCGCAACCUGGACGAGGCGUUCGACUCCCCCGACAUGGAGUUCUUCAUCAUGACCUCGUCGUUUGCCGCCGUCGGAGGCCACGCGGGGCAGUCUAAUUACGCGGCCGCCAAUAUGUACAUGAACGGCCUAGCCACCUCCCGCCGCCGCCGCGGCCUCCCCGGCUCGGCGCUCAACAUAGGCGUGAUCUACGGCCUCGGGUUCCUGCACCGCGAGCGCGACGAGCUGUACACGGGCCUCGAGCGCGAGGGAUACCCGCCCGUGUCGGAGCGCGACAUCCACCACAUGUUCCUCGAGGCCGUCGUGGCUGGCCGGCCAAACACGCACUCGGCUGCGGCGGGCGCCGUCGAGGACAUCACCACGGGCCUGCGCCGCUACCGCGUCGACGACCCCAGCCCGCUGCACUGGCACCGCGACCCGCGCUUCUCGCACUACACGCGCGAAGACGACGAAAAUGCCGACAAUGGAGAUGGCAACGGCGCCGCCGCCGCGGGAGCGGAAAACGGCGCCCCGGGCGCGGUGCGGCAGCUCCUCGACGCGGCGCCGACGGCGCGGGAGGCGGCGGCGGCGCUGACGACCGCGAUGGCGAGGCGGCUUGAGGGGAUGCUUCGCCUGCCCCCGGGGGGCGUGGGCCCGGACAGCGCGGUGGCCGAGCUGGGCGUCGACUCGCUCGCCGCCGUGGAGGUGCGGUCGUGGAUCUGGGCUGCUGCCGGGAGGGAUGUGGCUGUCAUGAAGAUUUUGGGGGCGAGGAGUAUUGGUUUGCUCUGUGAAGAGAUUGCGGAAGCCAUCGUCCAGUCGAGGACCGAAGGUGGCGACAAGCAGGCGGAUUCGGCUGAUAGCGACGCCGACGUUUCGGUGGUCGGCGGGUCGGCGACCUCUCCAUCGUCGGGCGGGGCGGAUUCUUCGGCGCGGUCGGUGGCUCGCUCGGAGUAGUUGAGCGGUUUCCUAUGCUAGGCAUGUUGAUGGCGCGAUGUGUUUGGUGUCUGUUAUUUUUCUUUCUUUUUUUCCUUUCCCUCCUUUUACAUCUUGUGUUCGGCGCAGGUGUUGGGAAUUUGUUUGUUUAUGACGGGAGACAGGGAGAUGAGAUUUAUCUCGGGUCAGGACUACAUAGUACCCGACUAAGUUUGCGAGGCUCUCUAGCUGGUACAUACGUACACACACCUAACCCCUAGG